AUACAAGGCACUUUUUAGUCGCUAACAAAAUCAUCAAGUAUUAUCGCAUUUAGCAGUAAAUAUGAUUUUUCAUAUACUGCUUAUUAACUUGUCUCCUAUUUUAGCUGAAAAUGAGCUCGUUAAGCCAUUACCUUUGGAAGUAUCACAACAUUUAGGAACACAACUUCCGCAAUUACCACAAAUGAAUGUGGCUGCAGAUUAUGCAGAAGAUUUGUUUACGGAUAUCCAACCAAAUAACGUUUAUUCCAAUCGCUUAAGUAAUGUUAAGGAUAUUGCCCGAUAUUGCCCUCACACAGAAAUUGUCUCCAGACAUCUUAACAGACUUUGUAGCAAACCGCAAUGUGAUAAUAAAAUCAAAGCAGUAUUAAAAAACUACUAUAGUCUUCUUAUGAGUGCACUAAAUUAUAAACAAGAUUUAAAUACAGUAAACAGUAACGUGAACCUAAAUAACCAGUUGAAUGACAUUAAUACUCUGGCACAGAAAAUAUUAAUGAAUAGAAAUAAUAACGUUAAAAUUAAAAUAUCCUUUGAAUACGAAUUGCCAACACUACAACAAAAUAAAUGUGACCAGCUCUGUAACGCUCUCGAGAAGUAUGCAAAUACAAUGAAUAAUGGACUAUUGAACGUUGAUGAUGACAGGGAUGCGGUAAAAGCUUAUGACUACUUGAUUACCAAACCAGAUGACGUCUUGUACAAUUAUCCCGCAACCUUACUCGCAGACAAUCAGUCGCAGAAACCUUUACCAAUAAGAAUAACUAGUAAUGACGAACCAAAUUUGGACUCUCUUUCAAAUCCAGCGUACGCGAAAUUACCAAAUUUAAAUACUUUACAAGACUUAUUACCAAACUUAGGGGGAAAUAUAAAUCAGAAUCCCUUACAAAACGAAUUACCAGUGAUGAAGGAAGCUAUACAGCAAUCACCUACAAUUCCUUCAACAAACGUAUUACCUAUACCAAAUACAGAAAAUUCUAAAUAUAAUCCUCUGAAUAAUAUUAUCCCUCCAUUACAAACUUCUGAUACUUUUUACCCUUGGAACUCAAUUUCGUCCCAACCAUCUCAACAAUACCUGCCAUCUCCGUUUUCAAAUCCUACAAAUACAUUAAGUUAUCCUCAACCCCUGCCUAUAAAUUGGAAAGCAACCGAAAAUUCUUACCCUUUAAGUCCUAAGUCGAAGCCUCUUCCAGACAGUUAUUCAGUAAAAGCAAUUUAUUAUCCCUCACAGAACUUCCCACUUAAGGGACAAGAUCCGUUAGAAGUAUCAAAUAAUAAUCCUUUAAGUAACUUACAGCCUUUUGUAAGACCUGAAGAGCCUUACCCUGAAGAAUUGUCACCUGGGUUACCUGGCCAAAAUUUACCAGGUGCUGACAACUUGAGUCCUUUACAAAAUACACUCUUACUCCAAAAUCCAAAAAAUAUCGAUUCCUAUCCAUCAAACUCAUUGCCAUCACCACUGAAUUUUGAUCUCUUGCCAAAUUCAGCGCUUUAUCCACAAAAUCUUUUAGAAAACGCAAAUUCUAAUUCCCCAAAGGAAUUACUGUCACUACCAUUAAGUCCCUUACAGGCUACGGAUUAUUAUCCCAACCAAAACAUUUUACCUGUGUUACAGAGUCCUACAGAACCACCUUCUAAUAAUUUACAAAACUUACUACCCUUGCCUAUUAAUCCCCCAAAAAAAUUAUAUUCCAAACCACUAGAAAUAUUAUCUUUACAACUUAAUCCCUUAAAUAUUUAUAAUAAUCCAGCCAACAAACCAAUUAUCGGAUAUGAUAACUCCCAUCCUGAGCAAAACUUGGUAGAUCAGCAACAAAAUGUUAUGCAAACCCAGAAUUUAUUACAAAAUAUAUCGCAAUCACUACAAAGUUUUACUGGAAAUAAAAAGUACCAAGAAUAUGUAAACGCGUUAAACAGGAAAUACUAUGACUUACAAAGUUAUCAGAAUCUCAAGAAAAAUUAUAACGUAAAUAUGGAUUUAACAAAAUCUGCGGAUCAAGAAGCGGAUGUCUCUACACAUAACUUUAAUAAAGCCUAUUCUGCGUUUGCGUUCAGUAAAAAUAAUAUGAUACUGAAACAACUAAAUGAAUUGUAUAACAACAGACAACAGCAAAAUGUUGGACAAUUGACGACUGAAAAUCCAAUACUAUCAUAUGUACUUAAACUGAAUUGGAAUUUAGAACCAAAGGUGUUGUCAAACCUAAACCAAAAACAAAGUACAAAUAUCGAAAUGGAUUCGUCAUCCCAAACACAACAAAAUAGUUAUAAUUACUACAAUCAAUAUUCAGGUUUGAGUAAAGGACUAUAUCCUCAAGCGGUUCAAACAGACAGAAAUCUUUUAAAUCAAGGAAUUGAAAAUCUAUCAAAAAAUAGCAUUCCAACCGCUUCGUUGUUAAGCGGUCUAAAUAACGCGUUAUACAAUUCCCAUGACAAAUACAUGAACCAAUUGCAAACUUCUUUAUAUAAUCGUCCCGUGCAGGUACCAAAUUCUUAUUAUAAUAAUAAUUUGAAUAUUGCAAACGCUAAUAAACUAACAGAAAAAUACAAUGUCCAAUUACAACAUUUGCAUCGGUUGCUUGCUGUGUCGAAUCUGUACAAAUUGAAUUCAACACCAAACAGAAACAGCUUUGUUGAAUUGACGUACAAACUGAGACACGACAGGCCAAUACUUGAUCCUUACUAUUACGUGAAAUACAGAUUACCAUACCAGACAUUCUUGUCAAAUAUAAGAAAUUUACUAGUUAAAAUACCGAAUCUCAGAAACAGUCCUAAUCAUGACAUUUUAAUGGGUUCAGAUAUAUCAGAAGCUUCCAAUGAUCUGAAGAAAGUCAACAAAAAUGAUCUAUUGAAACUUAUAACAAGCGACGGGACCUUGAUAAAAGCGAAUUUAGUCGAGACAGAUAACACAAACCUUGAUGAGAACUUAAAAAUAGUUAAACAGUUGAAUGCGAACAUACCACUUCAUAGUAUCUUCAAAACAGAUGGUAAUGCAACAAAAGUCUCUGGACAAAUGAUAAAUCCUCUUACAGAUUAUUUGAGGGCCCAACAAAAAUAUCUUCAACAUUUACAAAAAAGUUUAGGUAGGAAUGAAUAUAACACAGAUCCGUAUCCGGCACAGGCUGUACUAAGUUACAAUCAAAAUCCCAAACAGCCAAGCCAACAGCCACAAAACAAUGCAUUCCUUGGAUCCAAAUAUAACAGCUAUUUAGCUCCAAAUACUUAUCGCCCAGGUUAUGGUUACAAUCAGGUUUAAAUAAAAUAACACUUUAUUCACAAA